AGCCGCGCGCUGGCCGUCCUGCCCCGCUGAGGGGCGUGGUGGGCCCGCGGCGGGCGGAUGGAGCGGCCGAGCGACCCGGAGGGCGACCCCGAGCUGAAGAAGCGGCGGCUUCUGUGUGUGGCGUUCACCUCGGUGGCGCGGUGCGACGCCGCCGUGGCUCAGUGCUACCUGUCCGAGAACGACUGGGAGAUGGAAAGGGCGCUGAACUCCUACUUCGAGCCUCCGGUGCCGGAGAGCGCCGCGGAGAGCCGCCCCGAGAGCCGCCCCGAGAGCCGCCCCGAGAGCGCCGCGGGGCCGGAGCCCUGUGUUGACUUAACGAAUGAAGAGACAACUGAUUCCGUUAGUUCUAAAACCAGUACGUCUGAAGGGAUUCAGCAAGAAGAUGGCAGCAUGUUCUCUUUCAUUACCUGGAAUGUUGAUGGAUUGGAUCUAAACAAUCUGCAAGAGAGGGCUCGAGGAGUGUGUUCCUACUUAACUUUGUACAGCCCAGAUGUGGUAUUUCUACAGGAAGUCAUUCCCCCAUAUUGUAGCUACCUAAAGAAGAGAGCACAUAGUUACGAGAUUAUUACAGGUCAUGAAGAGGGAUAUUUCACAGCUAUAAUGUUGAAGAAAUCGAGAGUGAAAUUUAAAAGCCAAGAGAUUAUCCCUUUCCCAAAUACAAAAAUGAUGAGAAACCUUUUGUGUGUGUAUGCAAGUAUAUCAGGAAAUGAACUUUGCCUUAUGACUUCUCAUUUGGAGAGCACCAGAGGGCAUGCCAAGGAACGAAUGAAUCAGUUAAAAAUGGUUCUAAAGAAAAUGCAAGAGGCUCCAGAGUCAGCUACAGUUAUAUUUGCAGGAGAUACAAAUUUAAGGGAUCACGAAGUCACCAAAUGUGGUGGUUUACCCAGCAACAUUUUGGAUGUCUGGGAGUUCUUAGGCAAACCUAAGCAUUGCCAGUAUACAUGGGAUACACAAAUGAACUCUAAUCUUGGAAUAUCUGCUACUUGUAAACUUCGUUUUGAUCGAAUAUUUUUCAGGACAGCAGCAGAAAGUGGCCAUAUUGUUCCCCAAAGUUUGGACCUCCUUGGGUUGGAAAAACUGGACUGCGGUAGAUUUCCUAGUGAUCACUGGGGGCUUCUGUGCAACUUAGAUGUAAUCUUGUGAAAUGCUUUUCAGAUAAGAGUUGUAUGUCUUCCGAGUAAAUUUUAUUCUGGAUUUUUGCAAAUAUAAUUUCUACCUGUCUGGAAAGGUAGGUUUAUUAAGGAGGAAUUAAUAUACUACAUCAUUGUAAAAAAAGAAGACACUACUGUGAUUUUAUUUUGUGGAUUGUGACCUCAAAUUUCAGAACUAAAUACUGAUGUUCAUUGAAACGAAA